UCUGUCAAUUCGUUUCGCUGUCAGUGUCAAUUUCGCGUAUUCGCUGUGUAGUCGUGAACGACUAGCGAUUUAUAAAUCCGGUUGUUUAUCGCUAUUCACAAACAUAACACGUCUAAUUCACGUACUUAUGAUGAUAACUCGGUCAAAUCGCGGUUAACCGAUAUCGAAAUCAUUAAAGCCAUUCUGUGGAAACGGCCAUAAAAAGAAAAAUCAGUGCUAUGGUGAAAGAUGUACAGAAAUUGGUCCGUUGUUGAUGUACCGUGUCGUCGCAACAUUGUCGUUUUGUGAAAUGUGAACUAGUAUUAUUGAAAACAAGGAUUAACUCGCCCAAGUGGGCAAAUACAGCAUGUCCAGUGACGAGUCCAGUGUUCGUGUGGCGGUCAGAAUCCGCCCACAAACCCCGGGCGAAAUAGUCGAGGGUUGCGGCAUAUGCGCCCGCGCAGGGGGGCCCGCCGGCGAGGGUGGGGUCGCGCUGGGGGCCGAGAGGGCGUUCACCUUCGACUUCGCCUUCGAGCCCAGCGUCAACCAACAAGAAGUGUAUGAUACCUGCGUCAAAAAGCUGGUUGAAGCGGCCCUUGAUGGCUAUAAUGCUACUGUGCUGGCUUAUGGGCAGACUGGCUCCGGCAAGACGUACACGAUGGGCAGCGGCUGGGAAGGCGAGGGUGAUGGCGACGAGGACCGCCGCGGGAUCAUCCCCCGCGCCAUACGGGACUUGUUCGCCGGCGCAGACGCCAGGGCCGACGCGGCGCGCGCGCAGGGACAGCUCCCACCGGAGUUCUCUGUGCAGGCGCAGUUUAUUGAGCUCUAUAAUGAAGACAUUGUUGAUCUGCUCGACCCUGCCAAAGAUCCUUUUGCUAAAGGCGCGCUGAGGAUAACAGAAGACGGUUGCGGCGGCGUGCGCAUAGUCGGCGCGUCUAUGCGCGCGGUGCGAGGCGUCAAGGAAGCCCUUGGAGCCCUACGAGCUGGCGCCCUAGCAAGAACCACAGCGGCCACGAACAUGAACUCUUCAUCAUCAAGGUCCCAUGCUGUGUUCACUCUGCUGAUGAGGCAGAGGAGGCUGGCCCCGGAUCAGGAUGGCGAGAGAGACGUCAGAGACGGUGAUGCGGAGCCCCCAGAGCAGUAUGAGACCCUGACGGCGAAGUUUCAUUUCGUUGAUCUCGCUGGCUCGGAGAGGUUGAAGCGGACAGGCGCAACGGGCGAGCGAGCAAAGGAAGGGAUAUCAAUAAACUGCGGGUUACUCGCUCUGGGCAAUGUGAUAUCAGCGCUGGGAGACAAGUCACGGAGAGUUCUACAUGUCCCAUAUAGAGACUCUAAACUGACGAGGUUGUUACAGGACUCGCUUGGAGGCAAUAGCAACACAGUGAUGAUAGCCUGCGUAUCUCCAAGCGACCGCGACUUCAUGGAGACCCUCAACACGCUCAAAUACGCCAACCGAGCGAGGAACAUCAAGAACCGUUGCGUCGUCAACCAGGACCUCACUUCCAGAACCAUCCACCAACUCAGACAAGAGGUUGCCAGGCUACAGCUGGAGAUUGCUGAGUUUAAACAGGGCAAACGCGUUAUCUCAGAGAACGGUGAAGAGGGUUGGAGCGAUGUUGUCCAAGAGAAUGCAAUCCUGACAGGCGAGGUCGAGUCCCUCAGGAGACGAGUGAAGGCCAUGCAAGGAACUAUCGAUCAGCUGUCAGCUAGGAACAGCGAGUUGUUAGCUGAAAAGGCCUUAGGAACCUGGGCACCGAAGGAUGGAAGUCCUGAGACCAAUGAUUGUUCUCUCACUGCCUUAGUUCAGGGUUACGUAAGUGAAAUAGAAGACCUCCGAGCACAACUGAUGGAAGCGAACGCUAUGUACGAGGCAACACGCAAGCGCGGAGCAAUAGCUGCGAGAACGAGACACGAAUCUGUGCACGACGCCUCCUCUAUAUUGGAUGAUGCCAAACGAGAGCUGUAUAAGGAAAAAGAACUUCUGGCACGUAGCAUGGGCGAGUUAGAGUUCCAGCGUAAGCUGAAUAUGUCGGAUAGCAUGACGAGUGCAGCGGGCGACAGGCCUAUAGGAGAGAGGGAGCGCGCUGAAGGCGAGAGUGCAGACGACUCCGAGCCUUCGGACGAUAGCAGCGACUCUGAUGAGGACGAGAACUCUGAGGCUAAAGGUCAACAACUCCUGACGGCCCAGCUGGCAGCUCUAAGCGAGGACAUAGACACAAAAGCCCGUCUCAUAGAACAACUGGAAGUGUCCCAGCGAAGACUGGCGGCUCUGAGGACGCACUACGAGCAACGUCUGGACACGCUGCAUCAUCAGAUCAAAGCCACCAGCGACGAGAGGGACAAGGUUCUAGCUUCAUUAGCUACCCAACCAUCACCUCCAAGUGAAAAGCUGAAGCGAGUGAAAGAAGAAUACGAGCGGCGAGUGUCGACCAUGUCUCGAGAACUGAAGAGACUCCAGGCCGCGCAACGAGAACACACGCGGCUGCAACGCUCGCAGCAACAAACCGCGCAACAACUAGCCACCAUGAGGAACGACCUGCAAAAUAUGAAGCGAGACAAGGUGAAAUUAGUACAACGAAUGCGAACAGAAGCGAAACGACAUGCACAAGCCGAAGCUGCGAGAGCUAAAGAGGUGGCCCAAUUAAAGAAAGAAUCUAGGAAGAACGCAAACCUUAUCCGUUCUCUAGAAGCAGAAACGAAGCUUAAAGAGCAGGUAUUAAAACGCAAGCAAGAAGAAGUCUCGCUCCUAAGGCGGGGUCACCGGGAUAAGUUAAGCAGUCGCGCCGCCGGCAGGUUACAUGAUCGGUCGCGAGCCCGCACCCGCAACUACCGCGAGACGUGGUCCAAGCUGGAGUGCUGGCUGUCGCGCACGUGCGCAGCGCGCAGCACGCUGGGCGAGCUGGAGGCGGCGCUGGAGCGGCAGCUGCGGCAGCGGGAGCAGGCGCGGGGGCCAAGGGACCGCCCGCCCGACCCCGACUGCGGCCCGCUGCUGCUGUACCUCAAGGAGGCCAUCGCCGACACCCAACAGCAGAUCAUGCAGAUAGAAGAAGAAAAUGACGAGAGCGAGCUGCCGCGGCUGCUGGAGCAGCUGGACAGCGUGGAGGCGGCGCGCUACGCGCUGGAGCGGCUGGCGGCGCAGACGCUGCUGCACGCGCAGGACGCCGCGCGGAACCAGCGCCUGCUCAACGACACGCGGGCGCAUCUGCGAGAGCUGGAAGAGACGACAGAGCGCACAGCGAGCGCCCUGCGCGCGGCCGGCGACCACAACCUCAACCCGUGGGGGCCGCCGCCUGCGCUCGCCGCGCUGCUGGCGCACGUCUCCUCCGGGACUUCCACUAGAUCUGUGUCGCCAUCUGACAGUGCCCUCGAGCGGCCUACGAUAGUCCGCGAGUCAAGCACAGCACCCACGUCGCCGCCGGAUGACAACAGUAACGGGUCCUCGCCUUUCCAUCGGAAUACCGGUCGCCGCGGCUCAGUGCGCCUGCGCGACCUGGGCGUGUAUGGGCGUGAAGAAGACCCGAUGACGCAGUCGCUGGUGGAGCCGUCAUCACCGCGCCCCGUGCCGCUAAGCAGGGUGCCCAGCGCGCCGGGCAGUCUAAGAGGUCUACAACCAGUGGGGUACAGCGGGGUCCUAUCCUCGCCGCAGACUUCGCGCCGCGCGCCUCCAGAGAGCCCGCGACCAAUUAGACGGCAAUACAGCGUGCCCAAACCAGCAUCAUUAGACGCCGGCGCAUCACGCGAGACGCCGCCUGCGUCGCCUGGAGCAACGAGACGAGCUAGAGAUGAUGACGUGUUUCUGAGGCUCGCUGGAGCAGGACACGACAACUCGCCGCAAGGGGUCGUGAAAGAGGUGGCUUUGAAGCGUAUGGGUGGAGCUUCUAGUAUGGGAACGUGGCUACAAUGUACGCAUGUGGCGGAGGGCCACGCGGGUGCAGCCCUGGCACUUGCGGCGACCUCGCAGACGCUGUACAGCGGGGGUGUUGACCGCACAGUCCGCGGCUGGGAUCUGACAGCGGGCACGGAGUCGUGGCGCGGCUGGUGCGGCGGCGGCGUGUCGGCGUUGGCGGCCGCCGACACCAGCGAUGGCCGCCUGCUGCUGGCCGCCGCGCAGGCUGCCGUCAGGCUGUUUGAUACUAGGAGCCGGACACCGCUCACUACACUCUGGUCAUCUGGAGCAACAGGAGCGUGUCCAUCGACCCGGGGCAGUGGCCCGGUACCAGGCGAGGUAGCUGUGACGGCGCUAGCGCUGUCUCACUCACACCGACUGUACACCGCCGCUGGGGACAAGUUGCGGCUGUGGGACUUGAGAAUGUUGGAGUGCGUCUGCAAGCUGUGGUCAGGUCACGCGGCGGCAGUGAUGUGCCUCGCCAUCGGGAGAGGGGAGAGCGGGGACCUCGUCGUAUCAGGCAGCAAGGAUCACUACGUCAGGACUUUGGACCUUACCACGCUCGAUUCAGGUGGCUGGGAAGCCAACAACCGCAGGCUGUUGGAACCGCCGCACUACGACGGAGUGCAGGCGCUGGCUCUGAGCGACGACGUGCUGUAUAGCGCCUCCAGGGACACCAGCCUCAAGCGGUGGAACCUUGCUGACAACACGCUCACACACAGCGUAAUGAACGCCCACAAAGGCUGGGUCACCGGCGUGUGCACGCUGGGCGUGGACUCGGACUUAGUGGCGUCGUGCGGUCGUGACGCGUCGCUGCGUGUGUGGACACGCCAGCUGCGACCAGCCGCGCCGCCCGCCACGCUGCCCGACGCCACGCAUGCGCUCGCCGCACACCCAGCGUCCGCAUUGAACAUGCUGUACACUGCUGGGAACGGCGGCGAGGUUCGUGCGUGGCGCGUCUCCACCGAGCAAUAACCAGUGACGGGCGUGUCCGGUGCUGGAGGCUCCGCAAGCGGUGACCGGGGCCUUGCUCCGCGCCAGCGAAGCCCCGGCCUCCGCGGCGAGCGUGGAGAUGACUGCCCGCAUAUAACUCAGUAAUGCCAAGUAAGAUGAAAUAUAAUGCUGAAUACGCAAAGGAAGAUCAGUGACAAAAACUCAAGCAUACCCUGUAAAACGUAACCGAGAGACGUAAGACAUCUCUUUUGCACUAACGGUAUACAGCUUAGUAAGAAAGAGACGUGAUUAUUCUAGCCGUGUUACGUUUUACAGGGUAUACUUAAGUAUGGCAUAUGUAGGUAGGUAUUUUUGCGUUGUAGAAUAAGCGAAACAAAUGUCACUUUGACGUAGUGAAUAAAUUGGCACAUGUUAUGUACUAAAAUAUAUUUCAAUGUAUCAAACAACUUAUAAAUGUCAGACAUGUAAUUAGAAAAAAAAAAUUAAGUUCUCACUAAUGUACAAUGCAACGUCCUAAUAAAAUGUAAUUGGCUCUAAUAUUUUAAAAAUAAUAAGAAUACAUAUUUUCGUUACGUAUAUUCCAACGCGUAACAUCUAUUUAUAUAAAAUAAAAUUUAUUAACAAAAAAUAAAAAGUAAACAAGUAUACAUUCCAAAUUUAAACAUUGUAGUUAAGAAAUAUAUCAAUUCAUUUAUUAUUUUGAACACAUAUAGAAAAAAAAACAAGUAAUUGAACAAAUAGUGAUAAGUGUCCUGUUGUUUUAAAACUAUUUAAUCGUUAACGAUGUUUAAAUGCGCCUAGACACAGCCCGCCGUAUUAUAAAACGAAGACUUAAGAUUUCGAAGAGAAUUUUAAGUUAUACCCGUCAUUUUCUUAUCCGCCGAAAAGGAAAAGGACGAUUCGCAACUGAAAUGAGUGAGUGAAUCAAUAACCCGAGCGAAUUACAAGCACCUCACUGAUAUGCAACCCGUUUGGCGUGCUGUCAACUUAAGUCGGGUUAUUGGCCAAAAUAAAAUCUUGGGAGGGCUUUUUAAACUUUUGCCCAAAAUUGAAGUGUGAAAUUUUAUGCCUGACGAUUACCCGUCCCUUUCCUUUUCGGCGAAUAAGAAAAUGACAGGUAUAGCUUAAAAUAUAGAAUCAGCGCCAAUGCCAGAUUUAAAAUAUAAGUAGCGCUAGUGUCGCAAAUUCUGCAUAGUCAAUUAGUUCCAUUAAAAUCCGUAGACUUCUAUUGUGGCGCGGACUAUAUUUUGAACGUAGUAUCAUAAUAUCAUAUUAAUCUUUUUUCUGUAUUAAAAAAAAAGAGUUGUUCUUUUUUUAUCUUGUUAGUCUUUGUUUUAUAAUAAAGCGGAGUAUAUUAAUCAAUUUAUGAAUAUAAGGACUAAAUCCUCUUUCCGAUUGUAUUUCUAGUAGGGUAAAGACUAUACUUAUUAUAUUAAAUGAAAAUUGAAAAGAAACUAUUGAUGCGAUUUGAGUGUUUACGAAAUCUGCUUCAAUAUUACUCUAAUAUAAGAACUAAAAAGAACUAUUCAGAGGCGGAGGAUAGGAGUCCUAGUACGGCUUUGAAAUAAACUACUCUGGGCGCCGUCCCAUUCGCGUCAGAUACUGCGGAAGGCAAGAGGGAAACCACUGUCUUAUUUUUCUCUAAAAAGUAGCAUGGAGAAUGCUACACCGACAAGAGCGUGGCUCUUAAAUUAGUGAUGAUGAUGAUAAGAACUAAUAUCAGUUUAUCACUUUAUAGAAAGAACACUGUACGAUAUAACAGUAUGGCCUUUUAAAAGAUAAUAAUUGUUAAUUAUGAAAGGAACAGAAAGUAGGUAUUAUUAACGGUAUUAAGUAGUAGAGGGUGGCCUUAGCUUAGGCUUCAAAUCCGCGUUGUUGUUUAGAAUUUCAGAUACAAGGGAAAAGGGCUUUAGAUUGGCUAAACUAAAUUAUGAGAAAACGUAAAUUUAAUACUUAGUGCUUUAUUUUCUCUCCUCUAUUAUUGCAAGCCACAAAAACAGAAGGUGAUAGAUAGAUAGAUAAAAUACUUUAUUGAGCACAAUGGACACAAAAUACAGAGAUAAGGUGGUACUUAGUUAGUAGGUACAAUCAAAGAGCUAAAGUUCAGUCACUGAGCCCAGCGAAUUAUUUGUAAACAGUAGCGAAAUUAUGAUUAUUAUUAUUAUGAUUAGUUCUCAUAAUUAUAAAAUUUAUGUUUUUGUAGGUGUUUUUCGUCUAUUACCAGGAGGUCUUAAGUGCAACCAGUUAAUUUAUUACUUUGCAAGAAACUGAUUGGACUUUUGCAGCUUAUCGUACAUGUGACGCCUUGCAAGGCACACCUACUAUUGAUUUAUUGUAAAUUUUUAAUACUUAUUUAUAUUGUCUUUUUUAUAUCUCUACCGGACUUGCACUAAUAAGUUAUCAAUUUAUCUUAAGAGCAGUUUUCACUAACACUUGGCUCGACCAUUAUAGACGGCGAUACCUUGGCCUAACAAAGCUCGGUGAGAUGUGGGUACUUAGUUCAUCUUGUGAUGUUAGUACCUCUGACUGGGACCCAAAUUCGAAUAUAAUGGUGAUCUAUGUCGUUGAGCCAUAUUUUUGUGUGGAAUUUAGAUACUUUUUCAGUCUUUGUUUUGUAUUAAUAGUACUACCACUCUAGCCACCCUUACUAUCUAUAUUUUAGAACUUUGACGUUUUCCCUCGUGUCUGGUUAUAAACAUUUCAUCUUAGAUAGAAUAAAAUGUAUUACCUUCGGAAGCCAAUGCCUUAUUGCCAAAUUUUACGCACAAAUACGUAGUUCACCAUGGAACCACUUUGUCCGUUAGUGGCCACAUCACAAACUUGCUUAUUUUUACAGUUUUUAUCCAGUUUAGAGUCGUAGGGAAAUAUGACAAAUGUUUUUGGUCUUAGAAAGAGCACAGACGUCACUCGGACAGUAUUUCCAUAUAAAUUAAAUAUAAAAUACUCUUCUUCUAUCGUGUGGGUUGUGAGGUUGAUUACCAAUCCCAUCAACCCUGGUGUCAGGGUUACUAUUAAGCCGCCAAAAGCCCCUGACAUGACUCAUUUAACGACUACGUACUUAGAUCAGUAAGUAGUAACUGAAACAGGGAUCGUCUUACUUUCGGACAAUCAGUUGAAUAUAAAAUACUUAAGUUGUUAAUUAGCCUUUUUUAUAGUCGUAGUGGAAUUAUGUAAUGUUUCGUUUUUUAAUGAUUCUCAUACAUCUUUUGGUAUAACUACAAAAAACAGAUUGUAUAGGUCAUUGUAUCGAUGAACUGAUCUCUGUCAACGUACUAAUAGCUCAUCAUAAUGCAGCUUUGAUAUAUUUUUCUAAAGUGGCUUUCUCCCAUUAGGAAACUAAAUUAUAUUAUGUUAUUUAUAAAAAUAACUGCCAAAAACAUUUGUCAUAAAUAGGAUAUUUCAUCAAUUAUAAUUAUUAUUAUAAACUGUGAUUAAUGAACAAUUAUAUUUUUGUACAUUCCUGUACUACGGGUAGGUACGAGCAGAAUAGAGGUGUAAUCAUUAAUCAAUCACAUUAUAUUUAAUGUCGGCAGAUUUUAUAUAGGUGUAAAUGUUUAACGUUAAAAAUUAUGUCCAAAUAUUAUGAUAACAUUAAGUAUUUCAACGUAACGUGAGAGGAUUAUAAAUAAAAAAAUAAUCUAAAAUAAUAACGAACUAGAUAAAAGAAAUGGAAAUAAAAUCCAUAAAUAAUAAACUACGGUAAAGUGUAAUUGUGGCGCCAAAAUCCCUUCCAAAAUAUGCCAAUCGGACGUAAAUAGUAACUUUUGACAUUUAUUUUGUUUGAAGUAUUUUAUUCUUUUUUUAUUAUAAAUAAUAGGCAGCAUUUUAUAAUCUUCUCACGUAGGUCUCCCAAAACUUUUAGAAAUUACAUUAAGGCUAUGAAUUUUAGUCGAAUAUAAAUGUAAAAUUAUGGUUAAUUUUAUUUAAUUGCAUUGAUUUUUUUUUUUCUGUAUAUUUUUGUAGUUUUAAUCGAUAUGGUUUUGAGUGUGUUGUGUUCCCCUUCAGUAUUAUUUUAUCAGUGAAACAAUUAUUUUAAUGUGUUAAUAAAUUUUAUAAUGUUGUCAAUGGCAACCAUAGUUUUCAUUCAACUUGAAAUGUUACGAGUUUUAUUUUUAUUUCAGCUUUAGUUAGCAGCUAAUUGAGCCACAUUUCAUUUUGAAAUUUUUUUCUA